AUGCUCAUUGAUGCCGAUCGCUUUCUCCCUGCCCCCUUGCCUCAUCGCUUCUUCCCUCCUUCCACCACCCGCCUUUCCCCUCCUCCCACAGCUCAUGAUGAGCUCUUUCCAGUCAAGAAGGCCGUACUACGACCAUGCCUUUCUUCUCCUCUUUGCUCGCCUGCUGAAUUCUCUCCACUCCUUCCCUUUCAUCUUCCCUUCUUCCCAAACUCACCGCCCUUUCCCCUCCUCCCACAGCUCGUGUCAUCAGAUGACGAGCUCUUUCCCGUCAAGAAGGCCUUACUGCGACCAUGCCUUGCUCUCACUAAAGCAGUGCAGGAUACCAGCCCAGAACCCCCAACAGUGCAACUAGCGAUCGACUGUCUGCUGCUGGAUCGAGUGCUGCUGUUCCUAGAGGCGGAUUUCAAGGGGCAGGCAGAGAGCUUCCAGUUUGACAUCAAUCUCAUAGGGGAUCUGAGGGAAGCCGCGAGUGCAUUGGGGCUCAAGAGCCUUCAAGACCUGUGUGACCAGCGCCAAGGACUCUUUGAGUCGCGCAUCCGUGAGUAUACCUUUGCUGAGUUGGCGGAACGCAACGCAAGUGGCAACUGUUGGCUGCUUCUGGAUGGCAUGGUGCUGGAUGUAACAAGAUGGUUACCAGAACACCCGGGAGGCGAUACAAUCAUUCCAACUCAGGUGAGGCUCAGUGGUGGUGAGUAA